AUGCAUACCGAUGAGCGCGAUUCGGAACGCACUGGACCGGGCGGUAGUAACAUGCAGCACGCUACUGCUGGGAAUAAUGUAUCAGGUCACGGUAACGUUAGAUCUCGUGUUCGCUACUGGUUGAACGAUAUCGUCGAUGAGAUGCGCAAGAAAAGUCCUGCGUCCGUGCAAAAAUGGGUGGACUCAAUACAAAUUCCGCCAACGGCUGGCACUAGCGUUGAUGCCGAACCAGGCCCAUCAUCUAGCCAGCUAGCAGAGCUGCAGUUAUGUGUAGAUCGUACGAACCAGGAAGGGUUGGCCGCAUCCAGCCUGGAACUAGACAACAGCGAAAUCGAAGUUGACAUGGAGGCUGCAGCGACCUCCUCUCAAAAGGAUUGUGCCACUACUAUUGAGCCUCCUGUAUCAAUCGAUGGGAAGUCGAGAACCAUAAAAAAUCUGCUGUCAAUGAAACUUGAGAAAUUCAAUCGCAGUAAUAUGAAUUUGGAGCAAGAAAAUUCAUCAAUUUCGGAUCAAAAUAAAAUAGCUACAGAAGAAGAACCUCGGAAAAGCACGUCAUUAGCAUCGAUCGGAAAAAUCAAGAUCAAUGAGUUUUAUGAUAAGCUAAGCAUGAACAAGGCAAAGUAUAAUUUAAUUAAGACUAAGAAACUUGAUAUACGUAAUAUGAUGGGAACGAGUAAAGAGAAUCUCACGCAUACACUACAAAGGCAGCAACAACCGGAGGAAUUACAGUCGGAAGUAAAAGCUAAUACAGAGGAAGAUGUUGAACACUUACACAUAGUUGAAGGCGCCGAAGAAUGUAAAUUACAUCGGUCAGAGGCAAGUGGUAAACUAAGCAGCAGUGAUAUCUACGAAUUCUCCUUUGAUGAAUCUUUUCCAAAGGAUGAGGAUAUACCAGAUCCAAGUGAAGAUGAGGAGAAGGAAAACGUCGAAAUGCCACCGGAUUGCUAUGAUAAUUUUCUGAUUCCUCCGAAAAACUGCCACCGAAUGGGUAUCGGUAGAAUCGGUCGCAGCUCCAGUGAAAAUCCUCAUAGCAAUAAGCGCUUCAAUUUAAUGGAAAUUGGACGCAGUUUUAGCGAAAUGAAUGAUGAUGACCAAUUUGACAUCAGUGAAGGUAACAAUAGCUGUCCGAACCCGUCGUCCCUAAACACCAGUUCCAGUAUCAAUAAUAGCAAUAGUAAUAUACUUGCAAGAUCCGUUCCAGUUAGCCCUAUUCCGCACACUUCUAGCAAGCUCAGUAUCCACCAGGAAAACUCACUCUCGGAAUCCCCACGACGUCGUAGUGCUAUGUUGAUAAAGGAUAGCUCGCUUCAAUCUGACUCUAGUCGAUGUUCAAGCGUUGAAAGUUUAUUGAAUGCUCGAAAACCAGAUCCGGAAAGAAUAUUAUUAAAUCUAGGCUUCGGACCAGCGGCUCACAGUGGAGACGUAUUGUCUAAGAUUCCUAAAAGGUUUCUUAAGCCAUCACAGGUCCGAGGAGUCGACACGGAAGCCUUCUUACGCCAACAACAACUGUCGAUGCAUAUCCAUGAAAACAGUGUACUCGGAUAUCGCGGGCUGGUUGGAAAUCCUCACGUCCCUCCUUCAAUGAUAGUAGCGAAAAUAAUGGAACGCUUUCAGGAGAACGAGCGCGGUCGGUUAGCCCAUGGUAGUAGCUGUAGAAACGCAACUGUCGGAAUGUCCAUUUCCGCACCAGUCGGACGCAUGCCUGAAAGUCAUAACUCUUCAGGUCCUCCCUCACCCAUUCCAAUCCAUCGCCACUCUUCUCUUGCCUCCAACGAACGGAUAAAGUUCUGAAUUGUACAAUGACAAUCUUGCCGUUUUAAUGUUAAUCAUCCAAAUGUGUUGUAUUGAAAUUUCUGUCCUAUAGUUCUAUUUGUUUAACUGUCACAUAUCGAGCUUUAAACCUACUUACAAUCAACUCGUCGACAAAUUUUUAAACUUUUCUAUAAUGUUGACAUCUAUCUACAUUCCUAUAUAAACUUGUUACGCACCUACGUAGUUAAUUAUCUAAUUUUUGAUUCUUAGAAUUUUACUCAGAAGACAAAAACUCAGUAUUCGACAUUGUUGAAGAUCAGUAAGCAUAAGGUACUACAAAUAUUUUUGAUAACGAUACUGUAAACAUUUUUUCCUAUACGUACUUUAAAAAAAACUUAGCGAGCAAAAUCUGAAUUUCAAAUCAUACAUAUCUAUACCUGGUACUUUCACUAGUUAAAGAUGAGCUGAAUGAUGCAUAAGACUGCCUGCAAAGACAAGAUCGUAGAAAACGGCACACCCUUUAUUCAGCAUAGCUGAUUGCCUUAUGUGAUUGGGAAAUAGUUUUUUAUACAUUUUUCUGCCUUCUCUCUAGUUGGUUCAUCUAAAUUAGGUAAUAAAAAGGGGCCUAAAUUGGGAAAUGUCUUAGAUGCAUGAUUUUGGGCCUAACACGCCUAAAAAUAACUUGGAUGACGUUAAAGGAAUCUCUAUAGGUAAAUAAAUUGUACAGCUUAAAAGAAGAGACCAACUCAACUGUCGUCGGGAAAUACGUCGAAAUAUAAAUCGAAUC